GGCAGAAGCAAACAAGACGCGGCUGGCAACGGCAAACCCGACCUGCUAUUUGCUGCGAUACUUGCACAUGCCAUUCUCAGUGCACGCCUGGAAGAUUACCAAAACUCCUUCGGUCGAGAUGGCGGCGCGCCUGGCAUGCAGAUGAUCCUCGAGACAUUCGACAUCAUCUCCUCCGCUCUGGGCGGCAUUAUCGAUUACCCUAAAGGCCUAGAUUCCGCUGCAUUCAGCUCCCUCGUUCAUCCUUGCUGGACAUUCGGACUUUGGUGCAUCGAGGGAAGGAUUCUGUCUACGAUCAAACAAACCUCCUGCAGACCGCCGAACCGCAACGUUAUGAAAUGA